GUAACCCAUAUUAUAACUUGGCGGGUCAUGGCUUUAAAGGCCUCCAUUCCUAUUUUCUACCUCUCUGAGUUAUUUAAUUGAAGCGCACUCAACGUUCUCUAUAUUGAAGCAUUCGCCGUUGAAUCUAAUUCUUGUAUCCCCCAUUGAAUCAGCUUCUAAGGUUUUCUGGUGUGGGAAUUGCGAUCAAAGAAAACGUAAUGGCGACAGAGGGAGAUACAAGAAAACGUAAAAGAAGAGGUGGAAAGGGUAGAGCCCGCAACAAAUCUCACAAAAAUAACACAGUUACCUCUUCUUCUACAACCACUACCACUUCUCAUUCUAAACAAAUAAUCCCAAACAAAACCUCUAAUUCGUCUUGCUCUAUUCCUAUUAAAUCAUCUAAUUUUCUUGACAAGAUGAAGGCAAGGUUAUCAGGUGGACAUUUCAGGAUGCUCAACGAAAAGCUCUACACUUGCACUGGAAAUGAAGCUCUAAAGUUUUUCAAGGAGGACCCUUCGUUGUUCAGUAUGUAUCAUGUUGGAUAUCAAGAACAAAUGUCACAUUGGCCUGAGCUGCCAGUUAACGUGAUCAUCAAAUGGCUGAAGGAUCAUGAUCCAUCUUUUAUUGUGGCUGAUUUUGGUUGUGGGGAUGCACGGUUAUCAAAGAAUGUAAAAAACAAAGUAUAUUCUAUUGAUCUUCUUUCCAGUGAUCCUUCUGUUAUUUCUUGUGACAUGUCCAAGACACCCCUUGAAUCAUCAUCCGUAGAUGUGUCUGUAUUCUGCCUUUCGCUGAUGGGAACUGAUUUCCCUAGUUAUCUUCAGGAAGCAUACCGAGUUCUUAAGCCAAGGGGGUGGCUCUUGAUAGCUGAAGUAAAGAGUAGGUUUGAUCCAAACACUGGAGGAGCAGAUCCUAAUAAAUUUUCCAAAGCCAUAUGUGAAAUAGGAUUUAUUACUGUAAAAAAGGAUUCCUCAAAUAAAAUGUUCAUCCUGUUUUUCUUCAGGAAAAAGGAUGAGCAACUGAGAGAUGUGAAUGAUAUUGAAUGGCCUGAGCUGAAGCCUUGUCUCUACAAGCGUCGAUGAGCAUUUGGGAAACUAGCAUCUUCUUUAAUUUAAGAGAAUCAUGCAUCAAACAUCUUCAUAACCCAAGGAGUACUUAGAUCAGAGAACACAAUUGCAUUGGUAAAUGGUGAUUAUGGUGGGAUUGCUGAUGAAAUUCGGAAAACAAGUUUUUUUUUGGAGUUUCAGAUAGAGAAUGAAAGUACGGAACUCAUUCAUUUAGACCUGCUGUCAACUAGAAGUGGUGGCUGUAAUUUGCUGCUAGCCUGAAAGUCCUAAUUAUCACGAGCAGUCCUUCAAAUAUGCCAUAGUUAUACCGUUCAUUGUGCAAUUGUUCUUGCCUUCUAACAUUAUGGGUCGAGAACUGUUGGUUGUACACCAGAUCAUUGAACAAGACCAUCAAUGUAUAUUCAAAUGUUAUUUUCUGUAUUUUUGGUUGAUUACCACUGGCACAUAUUUUUGGAAAAAUAUUUUUGCUGACUUUGGCUGUGAUCGAUCAACUAGUUUAAUUAGGGAAUUAAGUUCAGUUGA